GGCAGGGGAGCCAUUGUGGCUGGGGCGGCCCUGCGAGCCGGAGGCGCCGAGCGGGCACCCGAGCGCCGCCCGCCCGCCCGGCCUGGCCAGGCCGCCGCACGCUGGACCCUCCACCUGGGACGUCGCCGUCACGUCCUUCCCCUGUGUCCCGAGCGGCGCGGGCAGCGCUUCUCAAACCGCAGUAGCCCACUUGUCUCCCAUGUAAGCUGAUGUGACGUGAAGAUCUACAGGGAUCCCAUCUGGGCCUGAACCAUUAGACAAGCUCAGAGCUUACCUGUCUUGCCCAGAAGUGUGCUUCUUCUUGUUCAAUUGUCCAGUUACGUCCAGUAUUCCUAUGAGAGCCAGACACCUUGUUUGAAUCCUUGUGCCCAGCGUGAAGCUGGAUCUAGACCUCUGCUUUUGCACAGGAGGAGGCUCUAACUAUCUUGAAAACUGUACCAGGUCCUUGGGGGGAAAAAACUACAUGACACUGCAUCAUGAGUGAGAAUAAAUGUGAUAGUCAAUUUUACAGUGUUCAAGUCGCAGACUCAACAUUCACUGUACUAAAACGUUACCAGCAAUUGAAGCCCAUAGGAUCUGGGGCUCAGGGCAUUGUUUGUGCUGCAUUCGAUACAGUCCUUGGGAUAAAUGUUGCUGUUAAGAAGCUGAGUCGUCCUUUUCAGAAUCAAACACAUGCAAAAAGAGCUUACAGAGAGCUUGUUCUUUUAAAAUGUGUCAAUCACAAAAAUAUAAUUAGUUUAUUAAAUGUAUUUACACCACAGAAGUCACUAGAAGAAUUUCAAGAUGUGUAUUUGGUUAUGGAGCUGAUGGAUGCUAACUUGUGUCAAGUUAUUCAUAUGGAAUUGGACCAUGAAAGAAUGUCCUACCUUCUGUACCAGAUGCUGUGUGGUAUCAAGCACCUCCAUUCAGCUGGUAUCAUCCACAGAGAUUUGAAACCCAGCAAUAUAGUAGUCAAAUCUGACUGUACCCUGAAAAUCCUUGAUUUUGGAUUGGCAAGAACAGCAUGUACUAAUUUUAUGAUGACACCAUAUGUAGUAACACGGUAUUACAGAGCACCGGAGGUUAUCCUUGGCAUGGGAUAUAAAGAGAAUGUUGAUAUCUGGUCAGUUGGGUGCAUCAUGGGAGAAUUGGUGAAAGGUUGUGUGAUAUUCCAAGGCACUGAUCAUAUUGAUCAGUGGAAUAAAGUUAUUGAACAGCUAGGAACACCGUCAGCAGAAUUCAUGAAGAAACUACAGCCUACUGUAAGAAAUUAUGUAGAAAACAGGCCGAAAUAUCCAGGUAUCAAAUUUGAAGAGCUCUUCCCAGAUUGGAUAUUUCCAUCAGAAUCUGACCGUGACAAACUAAAAACAAGUCAAGCUAGAGAUUUAUUAUCCAAAAUGCUGGUGGUAGACCCUGACAAACGAAUUUCUGUAGAUGAAGCCUUACGUCAUCCAUAUAUCACAGUUUGGUAUGACCCAGCUGAAGCAGAAGCACCUCCUCCUCAGAUCUAUGAUGCACAAUUAGAAGAAAGAGAACAUGCCAUUGAAGAAUGGAAAGAAUUAAUAUACAAAGAAGUAAUGGAUUGGGAAGAAAGAAGCAAGAAUGGUGUGGUAAAAGAUCAGCCCUCAGAUGCAGCAGUGAAUAGCAACACCAGUCCUUCCCAGUCAUCAUCUAUCAAUGACAUUUCAUCCAUGUCAACAGAGCAAACGUUGGCUUCAGAUACAGACAGCAGCCUCGAUGCCUUGACAGGACCCAUUGAAGGAUGUCGAUGAUCAGCCAGGAUUGCAGACUUACGAUUGGAAAAGAACUCUUGCUUCCAUUGGGCCUGAAUUGCUUGUAAGUUAAUGGAACCAAGUAGAGAAACUCCAUGUUCUGCAUGUUCCACUGAAGUCAUGCCUGUGUUUUUACUCAGCUGUUAUAAGGCUGCCUGCUUAAUGUUGUAGAAUGAAAAGAAAUUGAUGUCUAAAGAAGAAAAAAAUUACAAGUUAAACACUACAAUAGGCGUUUUUGUUUCAGCCUAUUUCAGGUGAGCAGUUACAGUAGAUUCAUACCAGAUAAACUCCUCCUAAAUGAGUUCAUGGAUCUUCUGUCCCAUUCAGUAGACUUCUGUAACACACAAAUUGUUCAUUAGUAGGUCUUUUGAAUGCGUAUGCUCUGUAUAAUUUGCUUAAAUGUGUGACUACAGAAAUUUGUUCUAUUUAACUACCAGUAUGUUAUAUGUAUGAGGGUUAUCUUACCUAUUGAACAUUUGAAGUACUGUAUUCAAAGGCAAUUUUUCUUCCAUUGUAGCACUUUUUUUUUUUUUUACUAUUGAGCCCUUUCCCUCCUUUCUGUCCUCAUCUCCCGAUACUUCUAUGCAUCUUCUUCUAGAAGAGACAAAAUAGUGAACUUUAAAGAAAAAAACCCAUCAUUUUUGUAUUUUACAUGUGAAUAUGACUCUGAUUUUUUGAAUGUCUUUCCAUUAUUUAAAUUUUAGUUAGAAAUAAUAUGGGUUAACUUGAUCUUGAGGAAGGAGUUGUUUUUUCUUGAAUGACUACUCCCUGGUAUAUCUGUGAAGCAAUGUCUCUUUUUAAAGGAAAAGGUACUGAUGUUUUGUUUGUUUUCUGGUUUAUACAUUAUUUUGGUUCUUUAAUUGGUAAAAACUUUUGGAAAUGAUAUAUUCGUUACUUUUCCUUUAAAGAACAAAGGGACACGGUGAUACUUUUCAUUUAGUUCCUCCCUUUGUCUCAGAACAAAUUCUGAUAAAAGGACAGAGACAGUAGAGAAAUUUGAAGUUUGUGACCUCAAGAAUUACAUGGAUUUUUUUCCCCACUUUUUCUGGGACCAUUCUAUAGUGUAUAUAUUUUUAAAAUAUGAUAGUCCUUUUGACUGAUUUGAUGGGGUUUGUUAUGUUUAUUUCCAUAAGCCUAAUCUCCAUUUCAAGAUUAAACAUAAUUCUGGAUCUUCAACUAAAAUGAAAUAUUUAUGCUGAAGCUUUUUUUUUUUUUUUUUUUGAUGUGGCAUCAUGGGAGAAGGAGGAGUUUUAAUACAGGCUUAUCCAGGCCAUUUUCAGAUUAAGAUAACACAGACAUUGCCUUCUGCGUUGCACUAUCUUGACUUAUUAGAAAAUAUAUGCAGUAGAGUAGUGGCUUAAGUUAUAGAAUAUUAUACAAUUGUGCAUUUGCAAACACAGAAAUGCAUGUUUGCUUUAGAGUGCACAAGUGUAAAAAAUGCUUAGCUAACGAUUCUUUCUGUGUGCAUGUAUGUGAAGUAAAACUUUGUAAUAGUAAGAAAAAUGUCCGAUAUGAGGCGAAGCAUAUCAUUUUCAUAAAUACAGAUACUGAAGAUUUGAUUAUAUAAAAAGAACAUGUACAAUUUGUUCGCUAAACUAACAAAAUAUACUGUGACUGAACUGAAUCGUCCAGUACACAGCUGGGAAGAGAGAGAGAGAGAAAUAUAUAUCAUUUGCGGACUUAUCUGAAAAUCAAAUUUUUUCCCAAUAUUUGAAUGGUUUUGCAUUAAGAAUAUACACUGGAAAGUUUUCAAGUAAUUUAAUUUACAAUAGUAAAAUGUUAGGGGUCCAGAUUAUGACCUAUCAAAAUAGAAAAACUGGGUAGAAACGCCUCUGUAUGAAUUCAGAUCAGGCAUCUUGGGUACAGUUUUUUUCUUAAGUAUAAGCGCUGGGUUUAAUUUUAGUUUUGUUUUUUUUUUUUAAUUGAAAAAUACGGACAAAUUUUGUAUGCAAGACCAGACCCCCAAUAUAAACAGAAGUCUAUCCAAUAUUUUUUGUCAUGGAGCAAACCUUUGAUAAAAAUGCUUUUUUUUUCUUCCCUCCCUCCACUGCACAAUUCGGUGUUUUCUCUAUCCGUUGAGCAUUAGCUCAUUCAAAUACUAAGGUGUCUAGCAUAUAGAAUGUGCUCUAGUAAUAUCAGAUUCUUACUUUCUUCCAUCCUGUUCAGAUCUUGCUAAAAAGUACAUUGACAUUGAAAAAUGCCUCUCGCUCUUUUGACAACAAGUGUUAUCUCAUUCCAGAGAUACCUACGCUUCACUGACUUCACAUUGGGUUCAGUUGUCUGGACCAAGAUUUUAAAAAAGUGACUGGUUGUUCUUUGGUGUGAAGCAUGAAACAUUGAUAAAUGGCCUGAUUUUUUUUCUUUUCCUGAGGGUAGGUCCUCAGCGCUGUCUGAAAAUCUCGUCCUUUUGAGAUGUCUCAAGUUGGGUACCCAAAACCAUUAAUUGCUUUUGAAAAUGUUGUCUUUAGUAUUUGCAAAUAAUUACUUUCUUAUUGAGCCUGAGACUUAAGGGCCUAAAAUCUCUAAAGCAGCGUACUGAAUCUGCUGUAGCCACCAGCGCAUGGCAAAUGUACUCAAGAAAGGUAUCUUGGUAAUAAGAAAACGAUUUGUUAAUAGUUUCCCAGUCUUGUUUUAGACCUGUUUGUACAAUUUCUCACCGAACAUUUUAUAAUCUGUGAUUCACUUGUGGGAGUGGCCUACUGGAUAUGUCCAUUUCAAGAUGAUACCAAAAUCGGCUUGGUUUUCCAGUCUGUUAUGUAAGACCUGCUUGGGUUACCUCUGGUGUAACUUGUCAUUCUAGAGCAGCUUGGCUGUAACAGGUGCUCAGUUCUGGCCUGCAGGCCAGAUUCAGCAUCUGAUGCCGUAUCAUCCAGCCUGCAGGAUUCCCAAUGGAUCCUUGAGGAGACCCAUGGACUGGACUGUGGCCCUGCAUGCUAGAUUGGGCACGUAGGGCAGCACGGGAUCUAAUCUUGAUGCCACAGGUCCAAUCCCAGCAAGUAGGAGCAGUGCGGGCCCCAGGGUCUGAUCCUGCCACGUGGGAGCAGUCUGGGGCCUUGGGGCCUGAUCCCAGCACAUGAAGUAUGACCUGGCCCAUGGAUUGGCUGCAUACUACUCAUGGGGCCAAAAGGUUGAGUGCCCUUAGCCUACAAGGUUUGGUCUGUUCUGUAUACCUUGAAUGAACCCCCAUUUAGAGUGGGGGUUCAUACUGGAUUCAACUCAUAGUUGUUAUAAUUUAAAAAAAAAUAAUCCAUCAUUUGAGUCAGUAAUGGAGCUUUUUUACUUAGCCUCAUUUUGAAAAUGUACUCUUAAUCUAAAAUUCUGCUUCUGAUUCUGUCUGCCAUUUCCCAUAAUCCUCAUUAUAGUAAAAGAUGGAUCAUAUUUAACACUAAUUUUCAUUGUUCUUUGCUUAUGGUAUAAUUGGAAUCUUCAGUUGUGACUGGGGACAAUAACUUUCUUGAUGAGAUGCAUAAGUUUUAACGUCUGCAUAUUGUAAAUUGGAGUAGAAUAUGGAAGGAAACAGUUGUUUGUAAAUUGAACCAUAGCUUAAGGAAACCCUAUGUCAGAUAUGCACUUGCAGUAACAAAAGUGCGUAUAGGACAGCACGUCUAGCCCUGUGUGCAUCUGCACACAUACAUAGAAAAUGUGCAUGUAGAACAUAUACUCUGCAAGCAGAUUUUAUACAUAUGUGUUGUCCCGACUCUGAUAAUUAAACUCAGUAUCUAGUUUUGAAUCUGAUUCACUGACGUACAAGAACCUGAUUAUCACUGAUGGAAACCAAUAGUCACAUGUGUAAUCUUUUAAAAGGUUUAAAAGAUAAGAAAUGUUGUCCAUAAUCUUUGCAGUGUGAUAAUGUUUCUUUCUCAUAUAAAUCAGGUAUAUAUGAGUGGUGCGGUCGAGCAUUUUUGUGCACUUUGGCAUUUAUGAAUAUUAAUAUUUUUAAAAAUACCUAUGAGUGUGCAUGUGUGUAUGUAAAAACUACCCAAUUGAUUCUGUAAACAGGAAUGUUGCUUUUCUGUAUGACAAACUUUUCAUAUAAUGUUGUUAAUGCUGUAGCUCGCGCACAUUCAGAAUCAUGGAAUAUUGACUUAAAUAUAAUUGGUGGUCAAACUGUGACAAUUUAGGUCUCUAACUGCUCACCUGAAAAAAGAAGAGGGAUAUUUGGCUAAUAAUGCUCAUAUUAUAUACUAUAAACAUCAUUUUAAAUAUGUAAACACUGAGUAGCUGAAUGGCAUUGCAGAAAUGGAGUAUGUUUAAAAAGUUGUCAUUUCAUCUUUGCUCAUAUCAUUGUUCCUCAAAAAUGACUAAACAGAAGCCAACUGUUUUGAGAGCUGAAUGGACAGUGUGUAGAAUGCACUUUGAGGAAAUACUCUGAUAUGAAAGGUUUUGUUGUUUUUUUAUAAACUAUGUCAAAAUAAGGCUUUGUCUGCACAGAUCACACAAAAUAGACCAGUCUAACUACUGGAAACCGAAAUUUGCAAGCAGCCUUUGAAGUUCGUUGCAUCUUGCUUCUGGUAAGGAUUUAAAUUUCUUUAUCAAGCAAUACAAAAUGAAUUCAAAGUCAACUAGAAUCAGACACUAGUUUGUUGCCAAGAUGCAAAAACCUGUUAGGGACCAGAAUAUUCUUUUGUUUUGUUUUGUUUUUUUUAAUCCUUACAGAAUGUCUGUUUAUUCAAAAUUAUGUAACAGAGUAUGAUCCCUCCUUCAAUUUCUGUUCCAAAGGAAAGACUUCAGAUGACCUUCUGCUAAAGAUUAAACCCGUUUCCUUUUUGGAUCUGGGUUCAUAGAAUUUUUAGCAUGAGCAUAUUUUAGGAAUAGGAUGGGGUUUAGAAGUUCAAAUUAAAUAGGUCUCCAGGAAUAGAGUUGAGGGGCUCAUCUCAAUGUGAGAGAAAUGCACUGCUCUGAUUUGGCAUGCAUUAUAAACUCUGGGAAAAAUUCCUCAGGUGUUCAAGUGCAGACAAAUCUUUACUGAACAUAAUGCCAUGGUGGAAUAUAGGUUCAGUCUUGCAGCAAUACAGUUAGUGUGAGGUGUUUCAUUUUGGUUGUGAAACUUAGGAUGGAAAUACUUUAAGUGAAGAAACACUGAGCAGCCUUUGUCUGUAAAUUCUACACUUAUGUAAUAUGGAUUCUAUCAGGGCUUGAUGCUAAACAUAGUGAUACUAUGUACUUGGAGCCAAAUUUUUUCCUGACAUGCAUACGCUGUGGCUUUCAUUUGAAGAUAAUGCAUUGUGCACACUUGUAUCCAAGUGCAAAAUUUGGACUUCAGUUAAGUUCUCAUAGCUGAAUUCCUGAUUUUAGAAAUUUCAUUUUUUUUCACCAUGAACAUCCGUCAGCUCAUUUUAACAUUGAGGUAGGGCAGAAAUAAACAUAUUCAGGUUCAUUAUCUUAAAUGUGUAUUAUUUUAGAUUGUCCAUCACACGAUUAGUAGAGCUGUUUUAAGUAAACUUUAAUAACACAGAACUGUUAACUCACUUUGUAUGCUAAAAACAUCAGGAGCUAAGCAAUGUUAGCAUUUUUAAGCAAGCCAUCUUUUCUCUUAAUAUUUGCAUUUGAGAAAAGCGGAAGUGCAACAACCACCCAUUUCACGUGUGUUCUAAAAAAUGGUCACAUUUAUUUUUGUAGCUAAAAUUCUGGUUGUGGAUUUUGACCCCACAAACUUGCUGUGUGGACAUAGAAAUAUAUCUGGGUCUAGUAUUUCAAUCAGUAUAUGCAUUAAAAAAAGAUUAGGUAUAAAGUUAAAACAAUAAAAUGCACUCUUUGGAGCUUUGUUACCAAAAACAUGGCAAAGUAUUUUGGUCCUAAAAGCAGAAUAUAGAAAAUGCAUUUAAUAUUUAAGUUUUUACUCUUUUAUGCUGCUGCUUAAUUUUUGAUAAGGUGCUUGCAAUUUUGCACAAUAAAAUAAUAAAUUCUUUUAAUUGCUGUUUUGAAGCACUUUAGGAUUCUUCUAAACACAACCAUGACAUUCUGUUUUUACAUUGUUUUACAUACUAAAGUUGUUUAACGUGUUUUAAAUCUUAAUGUUUGUGACCCUACAAUUAAGGUUGAAUCAGCAUGUCACACUUUAAAUAUAAAAAUAUUUUCAGAGAUUUAAAUUUUUGGACGUUUUGUGGGCUAAAACUUAUAUGCUUUCAAAUGACAGUUGGGAAGCAUCUUUGCCCUGAAUAUGUCUAAAAUGGUUAGAUUAGCAGUGUGUUUGCUUGUAUAGAUUGUAGAGUUGCUUGGUUCUAAUAUCAGGAUCAGUGAAAAACACCAGGUCCUUUUAUUGAAACCAGAAUUUGUUAUUAAUCCAUAACUGUUCUUCAGAAGUUAGUUCUUGCUAUUUAGUAUUUAAAUUAUGCUAAUGCUCAGACACCCCCGCCAGUAUUGGGGUUUCAUAUGAGAGCUGCUCUACAAACACAUGUUAACAAGUCAGUUCCUGCUCCAUAGAGAUUAAUUAGUCUCUAAGCCCUGAUUCUUCCAGUGGGCUAUUCUUGCACACGCGCACGCGUGUGUGUGUUUACAGAAUCAGGCCCUUAAUACAGCACUUCAUCUUCUGUAAUGUAACAAAAGCAGGGAACAAUUUGAUCAAACCAGAGCCUUAUUUUCUGUUCAAACAUAGCCUGCUCAAGGCAGGCUAGCUGAAACAUUGAUGCUUUGCAUUUUUUUGAAGAAAGACACUGACUAGUAACACUGUACCACACUCACUGCUGUCUUCUAAGAAAUAAUUGGUAAUUUUUAAAAAAAAACGAGUGCACAAUUUUUUUAUGAAUUUCAGAUGCUUAGAUCGGUGCUAAUUUUUUAAAGGAAAAUCGGAAGGCGAUUAGCAAUAUGGUUGUCAAUUUUGAUAUGUAUAUUUUUUUAAAUGGCUGGCAGCUUAAACUUUGUAAGAUGGCUAAUGUGCAUUUUCAGGGUUUUCAAACAAAAAUUCAUAUAAAUUCUUACAGUAUGCUUAAAAUUUCCAUGAUAGGUUACUGCUUCUUUGGAGCCAUUAGUUUACUGGGUAAAUAAAACCCCUUUAAAAAGUCCCCCAAGAACCUAGCAAUACAUAACAUUUUUUUUCUUUGAAAGGCCAACAUUACAUUAUGGUAGAUCUGCCAAUCUCAUGUAAGUGAGAUGUUUAAAUAAAUAACAUUCACUUACCACAAUAUGAUUUGCUGUAUACAGCAAACCCUUUCUGGUCUAUAGGAUAAAUAUUAAGGAUUUUACAGGCUUCCUAGAAAUAAUUUUUGUUCAGGAAAGCAAAGAUAUCAAUUAAAUAUAAUAUAGUGACUAAAUGGUUUUUAACACAAACCAUUGAGUCCAGAGAAAUUCAUUUAUCAUAAUGUUUUUCUGUAAGUUGUGCCAUUAUAGAAAAUGACAGAUACUCCUCAACAUGAGUUGAUGGUGAAAUAUCCGCCUUAACAGAAUUUCAUGGAUUUUCCUAGUUUGUUGGAACUUUUUUUUUUUUAAUUUUGAGUUUUGCUUAAUUUGAGUAGGUGUAAUUUUCAUGAGACUGCUCUCUGUCAGGUGUUUAAUGUGUAGAUGUUUUAACUUUGCCUAAUCAUAUUUUAAAACCUCUUAAAUUCUUUAGGAUUUUUUUUUUCCAAAAGCUUUCAUUUUUUUUUUAAGUGUUCACUUCCUCCAAAGUGUGUUUUAUGCCCUUCCCAUCAUUUGUGUUUACCAAAUAUCACAAAAAAUAGCAUCAAGCCCUAACACAUUGUUGUUCAGAGUUUAUGGCCUUUAAUUUAAUUACAAUAUGGUAUGUGAUUUCAGAAGAAAUGUGUUUUGAAGUCUGACUGUAUAGAUACAUAAAGUGGCCUAUUUUGCCUACUAAACUAGGCUUUGAUUGCCAUAUUUCAUUCUUGAUGCUUGUGCAAUAGGAAAAUGUUCCGUGUAAUGGCAGUGGCUAUUUUGUCUGAUGCUGGACUUUGAUUUCAAGAAGAUUAGAAGGCUUGUAUCUUUUUUACAGAUGGGAGUCAUGCUUUCUUGUUCUCCAGCUGGUUCAAGGAAGCUAGAAUUCAAGGAAGGAUUUUCAUAAGGAAUGUUGUCAAUAGCUAACUCUGAAGUGCUAGCUAUAUCUUCAUCUAAAAUUUGGUUUUCUAAGUUUCUUUUCUUUCCAGAAGUCUUAUCUUAAAGCCACUGUAAAAUUUCAAAUAAAUAUGUGAACUUACA